CAGAAAUAUAAGAAACUCUUCAACAUUCGCCUGCUGAUCCAGAAUGACACAGAAUGGCUCGAACACAAUUAAUUCUCAUUUUUCUGCUUCAGUUUACAGCAGGCAUCAGUGGAAAUCGUUUUCUCUAUUACAGACUUGGAAAUGAUGUCACUCUGCCCUGUGAUGAUGUACCUCCAUCUACAACAAGAUGCUCCCUCAUUAGCUGGCUUUACAACAGACGCACAGACUCUCAGACCACAACCAAGGUGAAGAAAGGAAAAGUUAAUCAGAACUUACCUGGAGCAGAGAGACUGAGUCUGAGCAGAAACUGCUCUCUGAUCAUCAACAACAUCACUGCUGAGGAUGCUGGUCGUUACGUCUGUCGGAUUGGGGAUGUCGCUGAGUUUGACAGAUUAGUGCAUCUAAAUAUCCUGACCAUCUCUCCAUCUCCACCAGAUGCUGAUCCAAAGACAGACGAUGAGGUCACAUUAAAAUGCUCUCUAUUGAGAUUCGGUUCUUGUCCACUGAACAGCAUCCGUUGGGUGGAUGAGAAAGGAACUGUGCUGCUUGGUGAAGGUGAUGGGUUCAAGUUUGAUGGACAGACGGACUGUGUUUCUCUUCUGACAGUGAAGCAUCAGAGCAGCCACAACCAACAGAAGAUACACCUGCCAGUUUAUUGAGAGAAACAUUGUGAAGAUAGAUGCUCACUACACACCUGUAG